UAUCUAUGCAUUAAAUUAGAAAAUUAUAAUUAAAAAAACAAAAGUUAACUAAAAUAAUAUUUGCAUUAAAUUUAUCAUCCAUAUUUAGAGAGAAAAAUAGAGUGACUAAACUAAAACUCUUUUUUCUCUCGGGUACUAACAUCGAGACGCAGUCCCUAACCACCUAUUCGGCACCGGUGAAGCUUAUGCUUGUCGGCAUCGGGAGAUCUCCUCCUCUUGUCCCUGGUGUGAUCUAAUUCUGCUUUUGGCCGUUUUUUUCAAUCUACAUGUAUCUUCAACCGCUUGCCUUUGUUCCACGGUGCCUCAACCCUUCGAGACAGAGACAGGAAGAGCUCUUUCUUGAUCCUCUUGUUGUCUGCUCCGCUCUCAACCUAUCUGUCAAAGUGGACAAAAGAAGCUUCUUCAAAUCCGAGUGAAGCUUCUACCCACCCGUCUUCGUGCAUGACAAGAGCUCCACCUCCCCAUGCGCAUCAUUUGGAUCCCCCAUGGCUCAGUCCCAAGCUAUUGGUUUGUUUCUGGUGGCUGGAAAUCCUUGAACCGUCAGCUACGACGAUUGACAAAACCCUAAUCUCGCUGGAGGCUCCUUCUACUGGGCUUGGCCCACAUUACCAACAAAAGCACCAGGGCCCAAUGUUGAUUUAUUCGUUGACCAUCUUUAAGAAUUACGGCCCAACAUUAAGAAUCAUAAAAGCCCAUCUACCAGGUUUUUAUUAAAGCCCAGAUUGUAUUUAUGCACAAUCCAAAUGGCAGCCCAAAUCCCCUGACUGCUCAAUCCAGGCCCAUCUGUAUCAUUUUUUUGGCCAGGAAAUUAAUAAGGCAUCGUCCAUUCCCAUCUCUGCCUAGGUUUGAGCUGAACUCUCUUUCGUUCAUUCUUAGCAACUGUUUGUGUCGUGUUAUAUGUAUAAUUGAUUGUGGACGUCAGUUGGAACAUAAUUCACUUAUGUUGAUAGUCUGAUACAAAGUUUUUUUGGGAACCAUGCCCUUAAAACCGCUUAGGCACAUUAUCCAUGAAGUUAAUAGAUUGAAGAAGAACGACAUUAUCAUCCCAUUUCUAAGGAGCGGUGAUUACCGAAGCUUCUUCAAUCUGUCCUUAACCUUUACUCCGAAUCGAAUCCAGCUCCCACAUCAAGAAUACUAUCUAAGAUUGUCGAGGAUGCACGACGUUGCCUCCUUUUGCGCAGAACUCAUAUUUGGCCUUAAGGGUCUUUGGCGCAAUAGCUGCUUCACCUUGGAGGGAAUUUCAGCUCUGCCAUCCUCCUUAUCGAGAAUUGCUUCAAGUCUUUCCGUUUUCUCCAAGUGGUUCACGCCGGAAACCAUUGAAACUAAAGAACAUUUUUCAAAGUCACGAAUUCUUUUGAUAGUGACUAUUGUUAAGCUCCCCGAAUUUUUUGCCAAAGUGUCUUUGACACACCAUGAUUUCGCUUGUGAUAUGUUGCGCAGCUCCUGUCUCCGAGUUCUUAUGGAUUUAUCUCCUAUGUUUAAUGCUCUCUCAACCUUCCUAGCUACCCUUGAUGUAAUCUUAUGCUUAAUCUGCUUUAUGUACCCAACCAUUCAGUUGAUGAUCUGUACUCUAUAUCCUUCUUUGGUUUAAUGAAUGGAUAAGUGGUUCGACAAGCAAAAAAC